GCAUCGAUAUGCUCACUAGGAUGAGACCCAGUUGUGCUAAGUGCUGAACCCAUAUGAACCCAUACGAAAACAUGGUCCUUCCCUCAAAGAAUUUACAAUCUAAUAUCUGUCCUCCUAUGGAGUCUCAAAUAAUUUUUAUUGCCUGUCUCUGGACUUCUUCUAUUUCUCAUGUCUUUUUUGAGAUGAGGUGAUUGGAACUGAACACUGUAUUCAAGUUAAUAAAUAAGAACAGCAAUGGCAGAUAUAAAAGAUGGACUGCAAUCAGCUCAUGAUGAGGCAGAUGCAAAAUCUCUCUUUGGUUCCCAAGGAAAGAGCCUGCCUGUUAGCAAAUCCAUGGACUCUGGAAUACAGCCAGAUGAGAGUUACAAAAUGGAUUAUCCAGAAAUUGGGAUAUGUAUAAUAAUAAAUAAUAAGAACUUCCUGCCAGUCACUGGAAUGUCAUUCCGAUCUGGUACUGAUGCAGAUGCUGCACACAUCAGAGAUACUUUUAUGACUUUGGGAUAUAAAGUCAACCUUCACAAUGAUCGUACAGGGAAGCAAAUGUUUGACAUCUUGCAAAAUGUUGCUAAAGAUGAUCACAGCAAUCGAAGUAGUUUUGUUUGUGUGUUGUUAAGUCAUGGUGAAGAUGGAUUAAUCUAUGGUACAGAUGGUCCUCUUGAAUUGAAAAUAUUAACAGGCCUGUUCAGAGGAGACAGAUGUAAGAGUCUUGUGGGAAAGCCAAAACUUUUCUUCUUUCAGGCUUGUAGAGGGACAGAAUUAGAUUCUGGUGUUGAGACAGACAGUAGCUCAGAGGAAAAUACAUGUCAGAAAAUGCCUGUAGAAGCAGACUUCCUAUAUGCAUAUUCUACUGUUCCAGGCUAUUACUCCUGGAGAAACUCAUCAGAAGGCUCCUGGUUUAUUCAGUCGCUUUGUUUGAUGCUGAAACAACAUGCAAAGAAACUUGAGCUUAUGCAGAUACUAACACGUGUAAAUCGCAAGGUGGCAGAAUUUCGUUCGUAUUCAAACCAACCAGGUUUUCAUGGAAAGAAGCAGAUUCCAUGUAUUGUGUCCAUGCUCACCAAAGAACUGUACUUCGCUCACUAAAGAACUUCACCUUGUAACUUAUAUUUCUCUCACUAAAUAAUUUCACACAUUUGUAUUUGUAAUGUAUGCACAAACUGUGAGAAAACAAAACUAGCAUCGAAUACCACUUACAAAUCUGAAUUAGUGUUCACUACUCUAUGUAGGGAAUAUAGAUGAGACUUUAAGACUCUACUCAGAGUCCAUUAUUAGAGCAGUAGAAUAUGGUGUUACUCUCUCAGAAACUCGGGUUCGGGUAACUAAAUACGGACAAACUUGAAAGUAAUUUCAGAGUAUUACUACUAAUCUAUAUUACCUACUUUUUGGAAAAAUGGAAGGAAGAGACGGGUUGAAUCUCUUAUUGGUUCUAGUAUGACAUUACAUUUCAUUCUGGCUGGAGGAAGAGAGAAAAAAUUAGUAUAUUCUAAAUAGUUUCUCUUUCCAUUUUUGACAUAAUUAGGGAACAGAUUCAGAAUAUGGCAUAUACCAGUGCCAUUUUAUUAUUUUUGGUAAUAAUGUAUUAGUGUCACUACAAAUGAGUGGGUUUUAAAAGUACUGCAGAGAAAUGUGUAAACUGUAGAAGCAGGUUAUUACAUUAUACAAUGAUGUAGCUUAUUCAGAGUUUAAAACAAUUUUUUGUCCUACACUCUGGCUUCUAUAACUUUCUAUCAAAUAUGAAAAAGUUAUAAGAGACUUAGCUUGUCAGUGCUUACUAUCCACUUAAAAAUACAAUUCAUACAAUUGAUUUUGGGAGCUGAGAAACUAAGGGACCUGUCUUGCAAAAUGCUCUUUGCAUUCCACUCUCAACUCUCUGGGAUAUGAGGGUUCUCGACAUCUCUCACAGCCACUUUGGUCUCGAUCCUGUAAGGCAGCAAAUGGACCUGCAUUUCUGAAUGGUAAAUUUUCCUUUUUCUGCCAUAUUUGAUAGGAUUUUUUGUUUUGCUUUGCAUAUAUAUACACCACAUUUCAUCUGUCUCAUAAAGUAGAUUUGUAAUGUUGGAGAAAAGUCAGUGGUUUUUGUCUAGUAUCAAAUUAGAUAAUUAACUUUAAAGGUUUGUAAAACAGACAUAUUGACUAAAAUAUGACACAGUAAAUUACUUCUUAUUUUGCAUUUUAUGACAGUAAACUACACUAAUAUUGGAGUACAGGCAAUUAAAAACAAGUGAAGUAGAUUUUUUUUAUAGUUAAUCAUAAAAUAAUAAUUUUUUAUCUUCAUUGAUUCAGACUGUGACAAUCUACACCUUUUGGUUAAUGUAAAAGAAAACUCAGAAUUGUAAUGGCUGCAUUGAACGCUUGCAGAUAAGGCUUUUAAAACUUUUUAAAAAAUAAGUAGCAUAACUAAUGGUAGCAACUAGACCUAGUCAUUUCAAUAAGGAGUCUUUGGAACUUUUUUACUUAUUAAAUUAAAUAUUGCCUAAGUUAAA